CGCUCCUCCAGUAUCCCGUCAUGCUCUCGGCCUCAGGCCAGUGCUGAAGGCGGGCGCGCGCGAUACCUCCGUAGCGAAACGUGCAACAUUUGCAGCGAUUAACAUGCGUUAAAUACAAAUGUACAGUUAUUUUGCGGCCUAUUCCAGUACUUAGCCGGUAGACACAGCCUUCUCAACGCGGGUUGGGAUUAUAUUUUUGCGUGGUUUGGUCCGGGCGUUAUUAUAUACACGUGACGUGGGCCUCCGCCGCGAGGCUGUGUGCGUGCGUCGUUCUCCGACCGCAGCAGGCAGCUCGUGUCGUGUCGUAAAGUGCAUCACCACACGGCACGCGCCGCAGCGCAGGACGCCGGAAUGUCGGGUUUUAAUUUUUCCUCGGGGUCUACGACCACCGGCGGUGGGUUUUCGUUUGGAGGCGCAACCAGCAACCCGGCUGCAGGCGCGGGAGGCUUCUCGCUCGGCGGGCUCGGCGGCACGGCCCCGACGACCACCGCAUCCUCGCUGGGUUUGGGGAGCAACCUUUUUGUGCAGAAGACUACCAGCAGCUUCUCUUUUGGCACCCCAGCAGCCACAGCCACCACCUCAGCUGCUGCCCCUGGGUUCAGCCUGUGCUUCAGUAAGCCUGCUGCCUCAGCAGCUCCUUUCUCACUUGUGUCCACCUCUGCCCCCACCGGGCUGUCCCUGACCUCAGCUCUUACCUCAACGGCCCCCCAGAGCACUUCUGCAGGGGGGUUCUUGCUGAGUGCUACAGCCCCUGUUCCAGCCUCCUCAAGCCUCACUCUGGGUUCCAGCCUUUUCCCCAGCACGGUCAGCAGUGGAUUGGGUCAGUCUUCCCUUGGCGCUUUGGGCUUGGGCUCUCUGGUGUCAACCUCCACCACGUCCUCCAGCACCGCUCCUGCUUCUAAUAGCAUCGGGCUCGGGGGGAUUGACUUCAGCACGUCUUCCGACAAGACUAGCGACAAGUCCUCGGGGGCCCGGCCCGAGGACAGCAAGGCUCUAAAGGAUGAAAACCUGCCUCCGGUCAUUUGCCAGGAUGUGGACAACUUCCAGAAGUUUGUGAAAGAGCAGAAACAGCUGCAGGAGGAGAUCAGCAGGAUGUCAUCCAAGGCCAUGCUGAAAGUACAGGAUGACAUCAAGACCCUGAAGCAGCUGCUGUCCGUCAAUGCCAGUGGACUCCAGAGGAACUCCCUAGCCAUUGACAAACUGAAGAUGGAGACUGCCCAGGAGCUGAAGAAUGCUGACAUCGCUUUGCGCACACAGAAGACCCCGCCAGGCCUCCAGCAUGAAAACACGGCCCCCUCAGACUACUUCCGGGCCCUCGUGGAGCAGUUUGAAGUGCAGCUGCAGCAGUACCGGCAGCAGAUUGAAGAGCUGGAGAACCACCUGACAGCUCAGGGCAGCGGUUCACACAUCACUCCCCAAGAUUUGUCAUUGGCUAUGCAGAAGCUCUAUCAGACUUUUGUGGCUCUAGCUGCGCAGCUGCAAUCGGUACAUGAAAAUGUGAAGAUCUUGAAACACCAGUACCUGGGCUACAGGAAGGCCUUCCUGGGUGAUUCCACUGACGUGUUCGAGUCACGGCGAGCAUCCAGCAGGAAGUGGCAGAGUGUUCCUCACAUCACCACUGGACCGACCCCCUUCAGCAGUGUUCCGAACGCAGCGGCUGUUGCCAUGGCUGCAACGCUAACACAGCAGCAACAGCCUGCUCCAGCGUUUGGGAGCGGCCCGAGCUUCGGAGGGGUCACCGCAUCCGGCUCGUCUUUUGGGUUUGUCUCUGCAAGCAAGCCAUCUGGAGGGAGCCUCAGUGCUGGCUUUGGCGGCUCCAGCGCAUCAGGAUUCAGCUUCAGCAACCCAGGCAUCACUGCGUCAGCUGGCCUCACGUUCGGUGUCUCCAACACACCCGCUGCUGGCUUUGGCGUCGGUGGACCACUUCUGCAGCUGAAGAAGCCCCCUGUGGGCAACAAGAGAGGGAAGAGAUAGAAUGAGAGAGUUGUUGGGAAAGGGAAUAUGCUGACGUGUGGUCAAUUUAUGUGUGUUUAGACUCAAAGAUGUUUAUUUUUGUAUUCACCCUUUGGAGGAGGGGGUGGUGGAAGGGAGGUAAAACAGAUUGGGUUAAUUUGAUUCUGUUUUUGUUUUUAUGUAAUCUCUUUAGUGAUAAACUUGUGUUCUGAGUUUCAUGUUUCUCUCUCUCUCUCUCUCUCUCUCUCUCUCUCUCACACACACACACACACACGCAGUCCAAGUGGAAACAAGGAAGCGCAGCACGUCGCCACAGUCGAUGGUUGUUUGUCCCUCCUGGCCUUCCAUUGUGGGGUUGGGGGGGGGGGUGUUUAUAUUUGAACUUCAUUUAAUGCAAAGGGAACCCCACCAUCCAGGGUGUGUGUGCGCGCGCAUAACCGAGUGUGUUAUGUACAGGUGCGUGUUUGGAUCUAGCUACAGAACACCACAUUAGCUGUGCCUGGGAUGGCUGUUAGCCAAUCAGAGAGUUUGUAGCAGUGUGUUGGUGGUUCCACUGUAUCUGCGUCCCUGGCGACCCGACCCGACCCGUACACUUUACACUUUUCUCUUUUAUCUGAGUCCCAUGAGCCAAAGACUGGUAAACCUGCUGUUCGACAGGGCUGGGUCGGGGUGGGGGACUGACCUUUCUUUUUCAGAAUGGAUGGUUUUCUUACCAAGCAAAGAUUUCUUUUCUAUACUUGUAUCAGAAUUUGUCUGAACGUGUAUUUUCCGACUUAAGAGCAAAGCAGUUUAAUAAUAAAAACGAGGUAUGCAAAGUUGCUCGUCGUCCUGUGUGCGGGGCCCGCUUUUCAGUGCGCCGUUUGUACACGCCGAACGAGGCGGAACGAGGGAAGGCGCUCUCGUCGGUCCUCGAACGGCUUCGUACGCGUACGCCACCUUGGACCCGGAGAAGAGCGGCGUCGAGUCGAGUCGAGUCGCGACCCCACGAGGGCUUCGGGGUCGCCCUGCACGCCGCCCGCCGCUGGACGAAGGAGCUGCCGAGAAGGGGCCCGGGGGCCGCCGGGGGCCGCACGAGGGAGCGGAGCGCGUCGCGGUGCUGUCGAGGGCCCCCGGUGAGCGCUUUGCUCCGGCAGCAAUGAAUGAUGCUGAUUUGGGCUGGAAGAAAAAGUUUUGUUCUGGGGAUGAAUGAGGC